CCCCACGUGGUUGGAGGUUUCCAGAAGCGCUGCCUCCACAGUGCUGCGCAGCUCCGGGCCUACGAGGUGGUUUCUUGCCUCUAGAGCUCCAUCCGUCCCGCCACCAUGAUAAGCGCCAGCCGAACCGCAGCAGCCCGGCUCGUGGGCGCCGCAGCCUCCCGGGGCCCCACGGCCGCCCGCCACCAGGAUAGCUGGAAUGGCCUUAGUCAUGAGGCUUUUAGAUUUGUUUCCAGGAGGGAUUAUGCGUCAGAAGCAAUCAAGGGUGCAGUGGUUGGUAUUGAUUUGGGCACUACCAACUCUUGUGUGGCAGUUAUGGAGGGCAAACAAGCAAAGGUGCUGGAGAAUGCUGAAGGUGCCAGAACCACCCCUUCCGUUGUUGCCUUUACAGCAGAUGGUGAACGCCUUGUUGGCAUGCCAGCAAAGCGACAAGCUGUCACCAACCCAAACAAUACAUUCUAUGCCACCAAACGUCUCAUUGGCCGACGAUAUGAUGAUCCUGAAGUACAGAAAGACCUGAAGAAUGUUCCUUUUAAAAUUGUCCGGGCCUCUAAUGGUGAUGCCUGGGUUGAGGCUCAUGGAAAACUCUAUUCUCCAAGCCAAAUUGGAGCAUUUGUGUUGAUGAAGAUGAAAGAAACUGCAGAAAAUUACUUGGGACAUGCAGCAAAAAAUGCUGUGAUUACCGUCCCUGCUUAUUUCAAUGAUUCACAGAGACAGGCUACUAAGGAUGCUGGCCAGAUAUCAGGACUAAAUGUGCUUCGGGUGAUUAAUGAACCCACAGCUGCUGCUCUGGCCUAUGGUCUAGACAAAUCUGAAGACAAAGUCAUUGCUGUGUAUGAUUUAGGUGGUGGAACUUUUGAUAUUUCUGUCCUGGAAAUUCAGAAAGGCGUAUUUGAGGUGAAAUCCACCAAUGGGGACACUUUCUUAGGUGGUGAAGACUUUGACCAGGCUUUGUUACGACACAUUGUAAAGGAGUUCAAGAGAGAGACAGGGGUUGAUUUGACCAAAGACAACAUGGCACUACAGAGGGUACGGGAAGCCGCUGAGAAGGCUAAGUGUGAACUCUCUUCAUCUGUGCAGACUGACAUCAACUUGCCAUAUCUCACUAUGGAUGCUUCUGGACCUAAGCAUUUGAAUAUGAAGCUGACACGGGCUCAAUUUGAGGGAAUCGUCACUGAUCUUAUCAAGAGGACUAUUGCUCCCUGCCAGAAAGCUAUGCAGGAUGCAGAAGUCACCAAGAGUGACAUAGGAGAAGUGAUUCUUGUUGGUGGCAUGACUAGGAUGCCUAAGGUUCAGCAGACUGUGCAAGAUCUUUUUGGCCGAGCCCCAAGUAAAGCUGUUAAUCCUGAUGAGGCUGUGGCGAUUGGAGCUGCCAUUCAGGGAGGUGUGUUAGCUGGUGAUGUCACAGAUGUGCUACUUCUGGAUGUUACUCCCCUGUCUCUGGGUAUUGAGACUCUAGGAGGUGUGUUUACCAAACUUAUUAACAGGAAUACCACCAUUCCAACCAAAAAGAGCCAGGUAUUUUCAACUGCUGCUGAUGGACAGACUCAAGUGGAGAUUAAAGUAUGUCAGGGUGAGAGAGAGAUGGCUGGAGAUAACAAACUUCUUGGUCAGUUUACUUUGAUUGGAAUUCCUCCAGCCCCUCGUGGAGUCCCUCAGAUUGAAGUUACAUUUGACAUUGAUGCCAAUGGAAUUGUACAUGUUUCUGCCAAAGAUAAAGGCACAGGACGGGAGCAGCAGAUUGUAAUCCAGUCUUCUGGUGGGUUAAGCAAAGAUGAUAUUGAAAAUAUGGUUAAAAAUGCAGAGAAGUAUGCGGAGGAAGACCGUCGAAAGAAGGAACGAGUUGAAGCAGUUAACAUGGCUGAAGGAAUUAUUCAUGACACGGAAACAAAGAUGGAAGAAUUCAAAGACCAACUGCCUGCUGAUGAGUGCAACAAGCUAAAAGAAGAAAUAUCCAAAAUGAGGGAGCUCUUGGCUCGAAAAGACAGUGAAACAGGAGAAAACAUUAGGCAGGCAGCAUCUUCCCUUCAGCAAGCAUCACUGAAGCUCUUUGAAAUGGCAUACAAAAAGAUGGCAUCUGAACGAGAAGGCUCUGGAAGUUCUGGCACUGGGGAACAAAAGGAAGAUCAAAAGGAGGAGAAACAGUAAUAGUUACAGUACAUUUUGGAGUGGAGAGGACAGCAUACUAUGAAGCUUGGGAGUGAAGGGACUUCUGAGCAGAAAUGAGCAAAUGUCAGUCUUUUUACUGUGUUUUUGCAGUAUUCUAUAUAUAAUUUCCUUAAUGUAAAUUAGCUAACCAAUCAUUAAUGAGUGAUAAAUCUAACGGUAGAAAGUUCACAAUGUUCUGUCCCUAGCCUGUCACUUUUAAGCAUGUAAGGGGGUAGGGAGACAGUUUAUUGAUCACUUAACGAUCAGUUUGUGCUGAAGUGGCCAUAUUUUCAAGGGAUGAAAACAUUUCAUACAGAAUGAAGGUAGUCUGCCAUGUACCUAGCAUGAGACCAUAUGGAAGUUAAGAUCCUUUUAGUUGGCCAAAAGUGAUACUGUAAUGAAUGACCUGUGUGUAAAUGUGGUCCUUCAACUGAGGCCUUUGCAAAGCAAGCCAGCUAGCUAUGCCACAUUUGUAGGUGCAGAAGCUAGGUCAGUGGAAAACAAAGCUAUUUAUGUUAGGUUAUAGCUUUUAAAACUAAGGUAGAGAUGAAGUCCUGAAUGUUCCCAAGGCAUACUUUUCUAGCUAUUUUCUUGGCCUGUGUCUGGCACCUACAUCCUUGAUGAUUGUUCUUUUUGAUCCAUUCUGGAUUUUUUUUUUAAAAUAAAUAAAUUUGAAAAACAUCUUGA